UGCCAUCUUGGAUUUCGGAAGUAAAAACUGCUGUGAAACGAGUCCCGAAUAAAUGACAAUUUAGACAGUUUCUUAGAUUUUCCCGACACAAAAUACUCAAUGAAGAAAAAACCUCCAGGAUGCCUAAGGACCGGCACGAUGCACAAAAUAACCACAACAACCACCGACGGCAGCACCGCAUCAUGUCGCCGGAGGACCUGGUCUCGGGCAAGAAGCCCCACUGGGAGCAGCUGGAGAUUGUGGGCACCAUUCGCAACCUCAGCCCCCAGCUCUGGAACCUGCGCUUCCUGACGGCGCUCUACCUGAACGACAACAACCUCACCCGGGUGCCGGCCGAGAUCUGCAAGCUGACUUCCCUCACCCACCUGGACCUGUCAGCCAACAAGCUGCGCAGUCUUCCCGUGGAGCUGGGAGACCUAGUCACGCUCAGGGAACUUCUACUGAAUAACAAUUACCUGCGAAGCCUGCCCUUUGAGAUGGGCCGGCUGUUCCAGCUGCAGGUCCUCGGCCUUAAGGGGAACCCCCUGAACUCUGACGUACUUGGCAUUUACAACGAGCACAACGGCACCCCCAGGUUACUGUCCUACAUGCUUGACAACAUCAGCCCCCCCAACACAUUACCCCCAACGAGACCAUGGAUUCACAUCAACGACCCUGACAGGUCAAGGCCAGCUGCAAUAUUCUCGGUCAUGAGCUACAAUGUCCUGUGCGACAAGUACGCCACCAAGCAGCUGUACGGCUACUGCCCGACCUGGGCCUUGAGCUGGGACUACCGGCGCAAGGGCAUCAUGGACGAGAUCCUGCAUGCCAGCGCCGACCUGAUCUGCCUGCAAGAGGUGGAGACGGACCAGUACUUCAACUUCUUCUACCCCUCCCUGCACAAGCACGGCUACGACGGCGUCUUCAGCCCCAAGUCCCGGGCCAAGACUAUGUCCGAGCAUGAGCGGAAGUACGUGGACGGCUGCGCCAUCUUCUUCAGGACGAGCAAGUUCGGUUUGGUAAAGGAACACCUUGUAGAGUUCAAUCAGCUGGCGAUGGCAAAUGCCGACGGCAAUGAGGACAUGCUGAACAGAGUCAUGACCAAGGAUAACAUCGGCCUGGCCGUCCUGCUGGAGACGAGAGCCGGAUGCUACGAUAGCUCAGCACCCGCCCCCGACAACGCCCGGCAACUCAUGCUGGUGGCCAACGUGCAUAUCCACUGGGACCCGGAGUACAGCGAUGUCAAGUUGAUCCAAACCAUCAUGUUCAUGAACGAGCUCAAGAAGAUCAUGGACGAAGAGUCGGUCAGCUUCCGGCCCGGCGGCACGCCCCGUUCCCAGGACACGUGCCCGAUUCCGCUGGUCCUGUGUGGGGAUCUCAACUCCUUGCCGGACUCAGGUGUCCUGGAGUACUUGGAGAACGGCAAGGUCUCAGUCCACCAUGAGGACUUCAAGGACAUCCACUACAAGGUUCUGCGCAACUUCUCCAGCAGCACAGAGUCCAACGGUCACAUCACCCAUCCCUUCUCGCUCCGCCGGGCCUACCACAACCAGCCCAUGCAGUACACCAACUACACCUACGAGUUCAAGGGUGUCAUCGAUUACAUUUUCACCUCCAGCAACUUCAUGUCCACGCUGGGCGUGUUAGGGCCCGUGGAGCAGGAGUGGUUAGACCAGUCAAAGAUUGUCGGCUGUCCGCACGCCAGUGUCCCUUCAGACCACUUCUCGUUGCUGACGGAGUUUGAGAUGCCUUACCUCCCCCCAGGAAGCUCCGCCCCCAACACCAGCACCAGUGGCAGUUUCAGCAUCGUCAGGCGGUAGCACAAGGGCGUCAUGAGCGAGGGGCAAUGUGAAUAUAUUUUUUCCCCCGUCGCCGGCACCGUAUUUUUCAGAAGGCCCCGGCGACCCUGCCUCCGUCAUCAACCGUUAUGACUUUUUAGGUGUAAUCUGAUUUGUACUUGUACAGGCAUGUAAAAAAAAAAAAAAAUACUAAAGGAAAAA